AUGGCGGAGAUAAAGACGGCGCCAGAAGCCAAUGGUGCGGCGCCAGCUGCAGGCCGUAGCAGACGACAUGCAACACCCGGUGCUAACGCUACACCUGAAGAACGUGCGCGCUACGAGGUGGAGCGCAAGAAAGUAGCCAAGUAUAAGGAAGACAAGCUCAAGGCACGCCGAGACCAUACGCGCAUGAUUUUGGAGAGUCACGCACAGGCCAAACGUCGUGCUUUAUUAGGCAAACAGUCGGAGUUUUUAGCAACUCUUGAGUUCCGCAAUAUGCUGCCGGACAUUCCAUUCGAUACGAAGUUUGUUAAGUAUCCUCACGAGCCAGAACGACUUAUCAAGUACAAGCCUAAUACACUGGAGAUGGACUAUACGUACGAGAUCCAUGAAGAGCCUAAUCUUGGACUGACUAUCGACCUCAUUGACCCGGCCAAGUACGAAGCCCCAGCGGAACCCGGGCCAUUGGAAGUUGGCGACGAACAGGCGUUGAUGACAAAGGAAGACCAUGCUGGUCCGAAGGGACGGUCUAAAGUCCGGCCUACAGUCUCUUGGCUGCGACGUACGGAAUACAUGGGCAAUGAUCUGUACGACUCGGUGCACAAAUUCAAAAGUGAGGCAGAAAUUCAGAGUGCACUGCGUGAAGGCACGGAGAACGCAUUGGCCGAAGUGGUGUCGGUCACAUUGGAAGAUCGUGCCGAAGUUUCCUUCCGUGACAUCAAAGACCCGAAGCUCUUGGUGCAUCCGCACAACAAGAUGAAAAAAAUCACCAAGGUGUGGGAUGUCUUUCCAGAUCAGCUCUUGUCUGCAAACAAGUACGCCAUACUGUCGUACGAUAUGCUACCUUCUGAAGAUGCUAAAAGCAAGGGAAUUGCUAGUCGUGAGGAACACGCAUUAUUGUGUGGAGUGAACAAAAAAACUCAAGCUGGUAAUGAGCUUAUUCAGGGCUCUAUCUUAUUACCCAACGCAUCUGCAGACGAGGAGGAGAGUACUGAUCACGAAAUUUUUUCAUGUCUCCGAGAGUAUCUUAUGUCUGUGGAAUCGCUUGAUAGCAGAGAGUCGCAGCAUGUUGUGUUCAUGCUAAACCCCGAGUCCAGUCAGUUUACGUACACUGAUGUGUUAAAUCGCAUUCAACUACGAAAGACGAAGAUGAGUGGAGAGGAAAAGCGCCGCCAUGGAGCUGUUGUGUACCGCCGCGAUUAUUCUGACGGUGAAAUUGAUCGGCGCACCCAGAUUCUUUUUGACUGCGGAGGAGUCUACGAUGAACAGCUUGACGAUGACGAAAGUGUGCGUGAAUUUAAGCGCAGACGGGCGGGAGAAAAACACUCCCCGUCUCGGUCUGAUGACGAAGAAAUGAAGGCCAGUGCACCUAAAAGCUCACUUGAAAAGUCAGACAGCUUUGAUGAAAAAGUCGAUGGCAGCGAUAGUCUAACUCCCCACAAUGACGGCAGUGCUAGCCCUGUGAUCAGCGACAGCGACAGCGAUUAG